CAGGGCAUUUCGCCCUCGCAGCGUCCUUGACAGACAACACAGAGCUAAGAUGGCGGCCGCCGUAGUCCGGACUCUGGGCUCAAGUUUGGGCAAAAACCUCCGAGAGCUUCGCAUCCACCUCUGCCAAACGUCCGUGGCCAGCAGCGGGACCAGAAACUUUAUUGAGCAGAACUACGUCACCUUGAAGAAGUCCAACCCCGACUUCCCCAUCCUCAUCAGAGAGUGUUCAGGAGUUCAGGCUCGCAUCUGGGCCCGCUAUGACUUUGGUAAAGAACAGAGCGUCUCAGUGGAAAACAUGUCAGCCGACCAGGUGGCCUCAGCUCUGCAGACUCUGGUUCAGUCCAAACCCUGAACUCCUCCCUCUCUGACCCCCAGAUGGUUCAGUCCAAACCCUGAACCCCCCUCACCUGACCCCAGAUGCUUCACUCCCAUCUGGUUUCUUGUUUAUGUGAAUAAAUGUCAAUAAAAAUGUUUCUCUGUGCGUUCA